AUGGCGGCGCCGAGAGGGUCAUCUGAAGGGAUUUCGCAGCGUGGCCAAGUAGGGCCGAGCCCAAGUUUGCUGGAGCGAGGCCGGCAGCUGAAAGCCUCGGAUCGAAAGCUCUGGAGCCCGCAAUCCGGCAAGGCAGGCCGAGCCCGGGGAUGGCCUUCGCUUCCGAGUGGCGGCGCAUCCUUGUGGCGAGUUGUCGUGGCCGAGAGCUUGGCUUUCGCGGGAAAUGUGUGGGUUUCGGAUGAGGACACAGCAGAGGCUGAUCUUUCCAUCAUUUUGAGCAAUCUUGCCCGACGAGAGCGGCACCGAUGCCAGCGCUAUCGUCAGGCUAUCGUUCUCAGCCGAGAGGCCGCAGGCCAUGACGUUCGACUCGCGCAGCUCGGCCAGCUUCAAAGCAAUCUGCUGAAUGGCUUUCGUGGCGCCUUCAUCGCGGCGCUCAGCGGCGAGGAGUCGGAGUUUGCGAGCCCACGCGUCCUGGGAGUUGCCCAGUGGGCUGCCAUUGUGGCGCUGAGCCUGCUCCUUGCGGCGCUGCUGCUUGCCUGGGGUGCUACAGAUGGGUUCCGCCUGAGCUUGGUUUGCCACAAAUUCCGCGCACCCGGGCCAGCCGCCAGGACUGAAGCCUGCCAUCUAGCAUUGGAAGCCUGCGACUUCAGAAAAUUCAAGAAGCCGGCAGCUUUCGUGAAGCUAUCUUGUCCACAUGCGCCUGCCUCAUGUGCAGCAUCGGAUAUUUACGAUGCCUGCGAGGGCCACUUCUCACUACUGCCGAACGCUGCAGAUGGGGAUGCGAGCCUCCAGCAGCCUGGAAGCACACCCGCCCGCCUCAAGGCUAUUGCCCUUGCUUUCUCCUACGCAUCCUUGGGCGUCGCCUGUUUCUGGGCCGCGCUGGGCGCAGGGCUGGCCCUGGAAGUUUUGCGGAAAGAGCAGGAUGGCGGGCUUCCUGCCCUGGCAGCCUUCGUUGCCUGCCUGGCGGUGGCGUGUCUGGCCCUGGCGGCCAUCGCGUCGCUGCUUCUCACCUCCCUGAAGCGGCAGGAGGUCCAUGAAGCGGACCUCCGCAUGGGGGAAGUGGAUACUUGGAGGAUGGAUCCACUCUCCAAGCUGGAGGAGUGGCUGGCAGCUCAGGGCAAAGGUUUCCAGUCGAGGAAGGCGGAGGCCCUCUCCACACCCGUGGUCAUCACCCUCCAGGUGUUCAUGGAACGAGCCCUUUUCGUCUGGGACAUAGCCUCCGACGUGCUCGUGGCAAUCGCCUUGCUUGAGCACCACCCCUGGUGGGCCUCGAUCACUGCCGGCAUCAUGUGCUUACCAUACCUAGCCCUGAGCUGCCUGCUGGGCGCCUGCGGCGUGCGGGAGCUCCUGGCCCAGCUCUUCCCGUCCACCUGCGCUGAGUUGCCGCACGUUCCAUGCUGUUGCCUCGCCUUGCCUCCCUCCUUCGUGUUCAUCGACUUCACCUUCGUAUUUCAGCACAUCGCCUGGGAGCCGGCAUCGACGAGGCUGUUCCACUAUUGGACCCUGCGGCAGCUUCUGGAAGUUUUCCUUGAGGCCAACCUGCAGACCGCGCUGCAAGGCUACAUCUUCUUCCGCCAGGAGAACUUCUUCAACGUGUUCCCGGCCUUGGAGAACACCUCCGUGAAUCCGGUGCUGCUGGCCGUGAGCCUAGCCUCUAGCGCCCGGGCAUCCGUGAACGGCUUGACGAAGCUCUCGAGCUUCGCCAGAUUGCAGACCCACGGCAGCAAAUGGGAGUUCUUCCAAGCCAUGCUUGUUGGUGGCGGAGGCCUGGCGCCUUCGCACCUCCUCCAGGAGCUUCGUCAGCGAGCCAACGUGGAGAUCUCGCAGGACUUGUCAGCAUCGGUUCCUUGUCCCGCUGCCGGCGGAAUGUAUGGAGCUGAGGAGCUGUCCCUGGACGGUUUCACCUCCCUCUGCCUCGCAGCACGGGAGUCCGUGACCCUGCGCCGCUUGCGCAUGGAAGCGGCUUUCUUGGAGAAGUUUGCGGGGACUGAUAAGAGUGUAGAUGUCGAAAAUGCUAUCGCAGAGCUCUUCGCCAAUCGCCAGCUUCUCAGCGUCGAGCUGGACAACGUUCCGGCCGCCUUCCAGGAGCGGGUGGCUGACCUAAUUAGCAAGCACCCCCGCCUGGAGGAGGGCCCGGGAGCCCAAGGCCUCCGGGAGCUCCCCGCAGGAAUUCGAUUCUUUCUGCAGGGCGAGGCCGCGGAGCCCGGCUGCCCGCUGGUGCUGCUCCGCGAGGUUUUUUCCGCCGAGUCCGAGGCCGCUGCCGACGCGCUGCGACUUGCCGCAUUUGAGGGCCAGGCCUCCUGCGUGGAAGUUUUGCUGGUCGCCAAAGCCGACGCCAAUGCGAUCCAUCCGCAGAACGGGUUCUUUUCGCUGCUGCUGGCAGCACAACUUGGGCAUGCAUCUUGCGUGGAGCUGCUCCUGAAAGCGGGAGCCGAGGCUUGUCAGGUGAAUUCGCAGAGGGGCAUUUUCCCGCUGCUGAUGGCAGCCCAGGAUGGGCAUGCGUCUUGCGUGGAGCUGCUCCUGAAAGCGGGAGCCGAGGCUGCACAGGUGGAUCCGCAGGUCGGCGGUUUCCCGCUGCUGAUGGCAGCACAGCAUGGCCACGCCUCUUGCAUGGAGCUUCUGCUGAAAGCGGGAGCCGAUGCUGCACAGGUGAAUUCGCAGAGCGGCGCUUUCCCCCUGCUGAUGGCAGCACAGAAUGGCCAUGCCUCUUGCGUGGAGCUGCUCCUGAAAGCAGGAGCCGAGGCUUGUCAGGUGUAUUCGCAGAGCGGCGCUUUCCCCCUGCUGAUGGCAGCACAGAUUGGGCAUGCCUCUUGCGUGGAGCUGCUCCUGAAAGGGGGAGCCAAGGCUGCACAGGUGGAUUCGCGGAGCGGCACUUUCCCGCUGCUGAUGGCAGCAGAGAAUGGCCAUGCCUCUUGCGUGGAGCUGCUCCUGAAAGCGGGAGCCGAGGCUUGUCAGGUGAAUUCGCGGAACGGCACUUUCCCGCUGCUGGUGGCAGCACACUUUGGCCACGCAUCUUGCGUGGAGCUCCUGCUGAGAGCUGCCAUGUUGGCGCCGGAGCAGCUGCAGAAAGCGGCUGCAGAAGCAGAGGAGCGCGGCCACGCAGAGCUCGCCGAGCGACUUCGUUCGCUGUGUGGUGCUGCAUCACCGCCGAAGCUUCGGCUCUCCUAA